AAAGGCUGUCCCUGGUCCUGCGGCAGUGAAGGGCAGGUAUAAAAGGCAGCCCAAGUCUCUGCUCUCCCAUCCACUUCUCUUGCUUCCUUCUGCUUGGGAAUCAGGUGCACCUGCAGCCCCAAGACAUGUCCUGCAACACCCCGUGCCGGCCCUGCCAGCCCUGCGGCCCCACCCCGCUGGCCAACAGCUGCAAUGAGUGCUGUGUCAGGCAGUGCCAGAGCUCCACCGUCAUCAUUGAGCCGCCUGCUGUGGUAGUGACCCUGCCCGGGCCCAUCCUCAGCUCCUUCCCACAGAACACCGUGGUGGGAUCCUCCACCUCUGCUGCUGUUGGCAGCAUCCUCAGCUCUGAAGGAGUUCCCAUCAACUCUGGUGGCUUUGACCUCUCCUGCAUCACCAGGCGCUACGGUGGCAACAGAAGUCGUCCCUGCUAAAGCUGCUGGGAAAGCCCCAUGGAGACACCUCAGGGAACUCAGAACAUGGUGUUGGGCAGGGGAUCUAGGUUUUGGUGCUGUUUGUGGGAUAGCUGACUGAAC